CCCCCCUCACUCACACACUCUCUCUCUCUUCUCUCUCUCCCCUGCUCUUUCUCUCUCUACAACUCUCUCCCUCUCUCUUCCUCGCUACCACCACCGGCUACCCUCCGAUGCUCGGUGAUCCGCCGCUGCUGAUAGCCGCACCCGCACGGCCCUCUCCUUCUCCUUCCUCGGCGCAGUAGCCCGGACCCCGGCGGUGGGGCCCUGACCGCCCAUUUCGGCAACUUCGCACCCUCCCCCGCCAGCGGAUCUGAGGCAAUCGGAGAGGGGCCGCCGCCGGCAUGACGUCGGUCCGGUCGAUCCUCGACAAGCCCCUCGCCCAGCUCACCGAGGACGACAUUUCCCAGCUCACCCGCGAGGACUGCCGCAAGUUCCUCAAGGACAAAGGGAUGCGACGGCCCUCGUGGAACAAGUCCCAGGCGAUCCAGCAGGUCAUCUCCCUCAAGGCGUUACUCGAGGGCGGCGGUGACGACGACUCCGGCGCCCGGGCCACCCUCAGGAAGAUUGUGGUCUCCGCCGCCGCUGCAGAGGAAAACCUGCCCCGGGCAAAUUCGAACUCGGGUGACUCCGGAAAGGAGCUCAGUGCUGCUGCCAAUGCAGUCGAGUCAGCUGAGGAAAUUAUCCCGUAUCGACGUAGGGACCCUCUGGAACCAGUGCCACCACAGGAUGCACCUUCAUCGCCUAUGGAGAUGGAUAAGAGGGCCGCUAGUCCCAGAAGUACUGGUGCUGCUGAGGAAGCAGUUGGGCAGAUGACGAUUUUCUACUGCGGUCAGGUCAAUGUGUAUGAUGGAGUCUCACCUGACAGGGCACGAAGUAUUAUGCAGCUGGCAGCCAGUCCAGUCCAUUUGCCACAGGAUGAUUCUAUUAAUGGAACAGCCCCAGUUUUGUCCUUUCCCUGUCGUGUACAUGCUAUGAACGACAGACUCGGUCCUUCAUCCCCAGUUGCAGCGAUUGCUUCUCAUGCCACACAAAUAGAGAAGAUGACUGAAUUUUCACCGCACUAUCUGGGGAGAGGCAGCCUUCCUCGGGACCUAGAUGUGGAGGGCCAGCUGAACAGAAAAGUCUUGUUGCAGAGGUAUCUCGAGAAGCGAAAAGACAGGGGAAGAUUUAAAGUCAGGAAGGAUGCGGGUCCAGUCUCAUCCAACCUAGAGAUAUACUUGAACCAUCAAGUAAAGACACCUAUUUCGAAUGGCCAGUUCAGGAAGAGCAGCAGUAGAAGUUCUCCGCCACAACCUGGAGUAGCACAAGGAUCAAACCUUGUUAGUCUCUCUGUUGAUCUUAAUGAAGAAGUGCAGGUAUUUAAGGCAUAAGAAGCCUCAUAAGUGAAACAGCAUGUGAAGCUGAGUGAUCGUUUCUCUUGCUGAGAAACUAUAGCUAUUGCCUCUAAUAAGCGUUGGUAGGGAAGAAAAAUCAGUGAGGAUCUUGGUGUGGGCUCUGGGUCUGAGGCAUUGGUUUCUGCCCUAUUUUUGGUUGAGAGGGAGCCUUUUGAGGAGGAUCAAUUAUCGUGGAGCAGGAAGCUCGACGGGCCGAUUUUGUAUAUUCUAGAAGUUUGCUGCUAAGUUGUAAGGCUUUUUUCUUUAUCUUAUCACUAUGAUGAGUUGAAUUAAUUUAAUUCGGUGGACUGAGAUUCUGUUAUCUAUUUUCGUGUCUGCCCUUCCACUUAAUGUCCUCCUAUGCCAAGCUCUGGGCAGUGAUACUAGUCUAAGAAAAUUUUCAUUUCUUUUUCAUAAGCUAGUGUGUAAGAACUUACAUCGGCCGAGGCGACCGUUCUCUCGGGAAUCAUUGUUAGUCCCACUUGUUUCAGAGUCUCUUGUUUCAAGUCGAUUCGAAUUGUAGCGGCUGAUGUCGGGUCUGUUGAUUGA